AUGACGAGGACGAGGAGUGCGACGUGCUCUCGGGGAGCUGGUGACGACGCCGAGCACCCGCUGUACCGGGAGGAGGCCUGCCCCUACAUCCAUCCGCAGCUGACCAGCCAGGCGCGGGGGCGGCCGGACACGGCGUACCAGCGGUGGCGGUGGCAGCCACACGACUGCACGCUGCCGGCGUUCGACGCCGUCCGGAUGCCGGAGGCGCUGCGCGACAAGCGGAUGCUGUACGUGGGCGACUCGCUGGGGCGGGGCCAGUUCGCCUCCAUGGUGUGCCUGCUGCAGUCCGCCAUCCCCGACGACGCCGCCGGCGCCAGCAAGUCGUUCAAGAUGUCGGCGGACCAGCAGCACACCGUGUUCACCGCCAGGGAGUACAAAGCGACGGUAGAGUUCUACUGGGCGCCGUUCCUGCUGGAGUCCAACUCCGACAACGCCGCCGUGCACCGGAUCUCCGAGCGCAUGGUGCGGCGCGGCUCCAUCGGCUACCACAGCCGGCAUUGGGAGGGCGUCGACGUCAUCGUCUUCAACACCUACCUGUGGUGGUGCACCGGCCUGCGCUUCAGGAUCUUGAACGGACCGUGGGAGGACGCCGGCAAGGAGACGGCGUGGGAGUGGGUGUCGACGGAGGAGGCGUACGGCAUGGCGUUCCGGGACAUGCUGCAGUGGGUCAGGGACAACAUGGACUUCAACACCACCAGGGUCUUCUUCACCAGCAUGUCGCCCACGCACCAGAAGUAA